GUUUUCUAGUAGCGCAUUGUCGGUCUGGCAUGCCAGUGGUCUAACCCCCCAAAACCCUGUAGAAUCUCCAAGAACCAGUACAGCUGUACUCUCUCUGGUUUGGCUUGGUUUGUAUUGAGAUCAUGGCUUCGCCGUCGCCUUCGUCUUCGUCUUCUUCAAUGGUCACAGAACGAAGAGGAAUCCCAGGAGCUCAGUUCGUGGAGGACGUCCAGACCUAUCUCACCCAAUUAGGUCUUGACGUUAACUCUGCCCUCGCUUUCCUCCAAGAAAGACUACAGCAAUAUAAGUUGGUUGAGAUGAAACUUCUAGCUCAGCAAAGGGAUCUUCAGGCAAAAAUCCCUGACAUUGAAAAGUGCUUAGAUGUGGUUGCCACUUUGCAAGCUAAGAAGGGUACUGGUGAGGCACUUACCACUGAUUUUGAAGUCUCUGAAGGCAUAUAUUCUCGCGCUUGCAUUGAGGAUUCGGACUCAGUAUGUUUAUGGCUAGGAGCAAACGUCAUGUUAGAGUAUUCGUGUGAAGAGGCCACUGCUCUUCUGCAAAAAAAUUUAGAUAAUGCUAAAGCCAGUUUAGAAGUUCUUGUUGCUGAUCUACAAUUCUUGAGGGAUCAAGUGACAAUAACUCAGGUAACCAUUGCUCGUGUGUAUAACUGGGAUGUUCAUCAGCGCAGAAUUCAACAAGCUGCUGCAACUACUAAAGACUCGUGAAAUUAAAAUCAUCUAUGCUGCAGAUUCAUAGGUGGUAGAACAUGUUUUUCCUUAUGGGAGUAUGGUCCUGAUCUCUCUUUAUUGCUUGACUUAAUAUAUUUUUGCUGUCAAUUAUCUACUUCAUGGUUUCUCUCUUCACAUCCGCAUUUCGAGUUCAAGAUUUGGUAAUAUUAGAAGUAUAUCUGUUGUGGAGGAAAAUUGUUAUUAUAUUUCUAGGACCAGUUUUGAUGUAUGAUGACACAGACACACUAUUGGGCUUGAACUUAACAUGUGUAUGGCCUGUAAUUUUCAAGUGGUUCGUGAAACUCGGUCCUAGUUAAUUACUUAAUUUCAAAGUACUUGAAAUUAGUUUUGAGAUCA